ACCUGCGCCAAUGACACGCGUCCAAACGCCUCCGACCCGGUCUUGACCCCCAGCCACAACAUCAGCAACGGCAGCAACACAUGCGUGCCCCUGUCCAAGAUGCCCAUCAGCCUGGCGCACGGCAUCAUCCGCUCCUGCGUGCUGGUGGUCUUCCUCACAGUCUCCUUCUUUGGCAACAUAGUGCUGGCCUUCGUGCUGCAGCGCAAGCCCCAGCUGCUGCAGGUCACCAACCGCUUCAUCUUUAACCUCCUCAUCACUGACCUGCUGCAGAUCUCCCUUGUGGCCCCCUGGGUGGUGGCCACCUCUGUCCCCUUCUUCUGGCCCCUCAACACCCACUUCUGCACCGCCCUGGUGAGCCUCACACACCUGUUUGCCUUUGCCAGCGUCAACACCAUUGUGGUGGUGUCAAUUGAUCGAUACCUGUCCAUCAUCCACCCCCUCUCCUACCCCAACAAGAUGACCCAACGCCGGGGCUACAUGCUGCUCUAUGGCACCUGGAUCUUGGCCAUCCUGCAGAGCACUCCCCCCCUCUACGGCUGGGGCCAGGCAGCCUUCGAUGAGCGCAAUGCCCUCUGCUCUAUGAUCUGGGGGGCUAGCCCCAGCUACGCCAUCAUCAGCGUCCUAUUCUUCCUCGUCAUCCCCCUGUCUGUGAUGAUCGCCUGCUACUCUGUGGUGUUCGGUGCUGCCCGGCGCCAGCACGCCCUGCUGUACUUCAAGAGCCACAGCCUGGAGGUGCAAGCCAAGAAACGGGGCACCGAGGGGAAGAAGGAUGAGUUCCACGGAGAAAGCGAGAUCCCAGGCCUGAGUGGAGGUGAGGUCCGGCUCCAGGAGAGCAGCCUGGGAGCCACAGAGGGCAGCAGCGUGCUGGCCAAAGAUGGAAGCAUGGAGACCAUUGAGGGUGGCCAGAUCACAGAAAGCAGCUUCGUGGCCAUGGGCGACAUCCUGGAGGAGGCUGAGGCCGGCGGCAGUGGCAGUAAAGUGGAGAGCAGCAGCGUGAAGGCCCGCAAGGAGUGCAAGGAAGCUACCCACUGCAGCAUUGACUUGGGCGAAGAUGACAUCAACUUGGAUAGAGAGGAAGACCACUUCCGUGACUCCGAGGACGUUGAGGCAGUGAACAUCCCAGAGAGACUCUCAUCCAGUCGCCGCAACAGCGAGAGCGAUAUCCCCCUGCCCCGGUGCUAUGAGUGCAAAGCAGCCAAAGUGAUCUUCAUGAUCAUUUUCUCCUAUGUGCUCUCCCUGGGGCCCUAUUGCUUCCUGGCAGUCCUGGCCUUGUGGGUGGAUACUGAAACCCAGGUACCCCAGUGGGUGAUCACCAUUAUUAUCUGGCUUUUCUUCCUGCAGUGCUGUAUCCACCCCUACAUCUAUGGCUACAUGCACAAGACCAUCAAGAAGGAAAUCCAGGAUUUGCUGAAGAGGCUCUUCUGCAGGGAGAGGACCCCCCAAGAAGACAGUCACCCAGACCUCGCUGGAACGGAUGGUGGCACGGAUGGUGGCACUGAAGGCAGGGUUAUCCCCUCUCAUGAUUCUGCCACUCUGCCUUGAAGCUAUUUGGAAGGCAAGUCAUGAACUGUGCACAAGAG